AUGGGCGAAAAUCUUGAACAAUUCAGUAUUGAAAUUAUCAUUGAAAAUAAACUGUCAACCUGGAUUCUGGAUAGAAUAUAUCGACAAUGGGAGGAACAAGAAAUGUGGUCAGAGAUUAAAACAAUUCUUAACGAAACUGAUUCAAAGAAAGAGGUUACGAGAAGCCAACAUCAUGAAGCAGCUAAAGGUGAAAUUAAUCCACGAUAUUUUCCAGAAGAAACUUUAGCUCUAACUAUAACGACUCCGCAAAUAUACAACUACAAAACAAAAGUUAAUAAUACGAAGAAGGUUAAUAAAACUCAAAGACCUUGUAUUUUUUGCAAUAAGAAUCACUGGGAUAAUGAAUGCCAAACUUAUUCUAGUCUAGAACAAAAAAUGCAACAACUAAAGGAAAACAACGCUUGUCUGAAUUGUCUUCAACCAGGAUACGGAAAUCAAUUGCAAAAAAAGAAAAAGUAUUUGUUUCCAUUGCAAAGGUCGUCAUAA